AUGCCAAAUAUAAUAUUUAAUAAUUUCACUAUUACUCUUAACAAAAACAGAACAUAUACUUAACUUCCUUUUUUUAAAGACAAGAAAAAGCAGAUGCAAUAAUUAUUUAAUAUCAAUAUCUCAACCAUAUUCAACUUGAUUCUCAACUAUAUUAAUAUUUAACUAAGGCUUUCUAACUCUCACCAAAUAUCGUCCUUGUAUUACCUUCAAAUAUUUAAACUAAUGAUUUAUGUUCUUUUCUAAGUCCUUUUUCACAUCAGUAUCCUCAAAGCUUCAAGUAAUUAGAAAUCUAACAGAUUAAUGUUGGAGGCCUUCCAUUAUGUUAAAUCAUAUAUAUUGGAUAUAUUUAAGAUUAAGUAUAAUUAAUAAUCUUAUAUAGGAAAUCUUGGAUUAAUAAUUAAUCAAUUGUUAUCUUUAAGGAUUAUUGGCAGAUCAACCUAAUCUUGAUGAGAAUUCAAUCUCUAAUUAUAAAAAAGCACUUAAUGAUGUUAUCGCUCAAAUUGGAAUGUAAUAAACAUUACUUUUAAUUGAAAAAACUUUGGCAUCUAAAACUUAAUUAGACUUUUCUAUUCAAUUAUUCUUUUAAGAGAUUGUUUAACUUAAUAUUCUUUCUAAAGAUAAUAUAAACAAUCAAUUAGAAUUUUCCAUAUUUGAUCAAACUCCAACAUUAAAUCAUCCUUUGUUAAAUGUCAGUUAAUCAAGUUUAUCCAAAAAAUAAAGCUCUUUUAGAAUAAGCUCAGAUCUUUCAAAGCCCUCAUUUCAAUAAAAUAAAUAUAAAGUCUUGA